ACAUCAAAAGCACUAUAAUUAUUCUGUUGACAUUUGCUGUUUCGUUGGUUUUGUAAAUUGCUCUCGCUGUGUUGUCGUGCAAAUACCGAAGUUAUUAAAGAGAUUAGGACCAUUUUAAAAUUUGUAUAGAUUCAUAGUAUUGCAUUAAAAGAAAAUAUUGCCAAAAUGCAGGCUGUUUCGAGCUUAAUCAAGACAACAAUUCCAAACUACAUGUCCAACUUGCCAAUACCAGACUCCUCUUCGGGUUGGUUCAAAUUGUCAUUUAAGGAUUGGCUAGCUCUUAUCCCUCCCACCGCUGUCGUUGCCGGGCUAGGUUAUGUUUCAUACUUGGCCUUUUGCCCGGCUGCGCAAAAGGGCUGCUCAGGUACCGGUCGCUGUAAUCAGUCUAUUCGUAAAUCAGAAGCUAAAGUCGUGGACAUGAUCGACAUUGAAAACAUUGCAGAAAAAGCAGCUUUCUGCCGUUGUUGGAAAACCAAAAACUGGCCCUACUGUGAUGGCAGUCACGGUGAACACAAUAAGCGAACGGGCGAUAACGUUGGACCUGUUGUCUUACAGAGGAAGCAGUAAAUAUAUUGUUGGCGUGAAUUUGCCAACACAUUUGCAAGUUAAAACGAAGAACAGUUGUACGCAUACACAGCUAUACAUUAAUACUACUACUAUUGAGUUUGAUAUUAGCAGUCGAAUUGUUAUUUUUUCUCUUUCACUAAUCGCAUUUCAGAGAUCAGUAAAGUUAAGCUUUAAUGUUCCGUUUUACCAUAAAUAAUUUAUGUAAAGUUAUAAAUUGAAUAUUUAAAUUCUGCUUUGGAAGCAAUUGAAUCGAUCAAAAGUUUUGAUGUAAAAUAAAUUGUAAACAAGCAAAAAAUGCAUAACAGAUUAAACAUGCAUUUGUAUCCUCGACUUGCGCUAACCAUAUUGGAAUCAUACGUUCCAACGACAACCAUGCUUCCUUCAGGAAAAACCUGAGAAUGUUUCAGUAUUUCGUAAAAUAACGUCAUUAGAACUCCAACAACCCACAAUUGUUGGGAAUGGGUGACUUCCUAAACUAAAAUGGUCGAUGCGUAAUCGCAUCACAAAUGCAAAUAUAUUUUUAGACUCAUUAGAGUGCUCCUCUCCAGAUAAUUGUUCCCACGACAGUCGGUUCUACAAAUUACUCGGAUUUAUAUCCAAGGGUACCUCAGCAUUCCCCGUGUAUGCAUGGGGAAUGCUCACGCUGCUACAACAACAGCAGACACAAAUCGUUAAUUAUGAGGUAAAAGCAUCAGUGGUAUUGAAAAAUUGCGUUGCAGUGAUGAAUUGCAAAGCGACGUUGAGAAAGUCAGCCAAUCGACCAUAUGAUUAAGCAUUUGGUCUUUCAAGCCAUUCCCUGUGAAGGAAAAACUUGUACCAAUAAAAUUAAAAAACCAAUGGUCAUAUGUUUUCAAACUUUUAUUUAAAAAAGAACAGAUUUUAAUAUAAAUAAUUUUUCCGACUGGCUUUUUGAGUUUGCUGGAAUACAAAAACAGAAACCUAGAUAUUUUAAUUACCAAAAGGCGGUCAUUUUUGUAAGCUUAAAUGAUUAUUUGUAGGAUCGUUGUUAGGGUAAGGUUGGUUAACUUUAAAUUAGGACCCAUUUGGUAAGAUUAUUGUUUUAUGAUGAACAAAUCUCAACUGCGUAUGAUUCAUUUAGGUUUUUGUCCUCUAUUUACUUAAAUAUUUUACCCUGAUUGAAUUUGCGGCCAUCUUUAUCUGUACCAGUCCAUGAGAAGUACUGUUGCACUAAUUGUUUAGUAUUUUCAGAUUUGGGGUCAAGUUUCUCCCAUGAGUAACAGUCGUAAUCAAUCUGCCAGUCGGGUGAAAGUUUGAAAGCCAAAUCAUG